AAACCGAAACCGGAUGAAUCAAAGCCAAAGAAGAAGAAGAGUUGCGGGAAAACAAAAGCAGAUGAGACAUCAGUUUGUGAUUUUGAGCUGUCAAAAAGUAAGAUAUAAGUAUGGAAAGCCAAAAGGUAUCAGAUGUCAAAAAAAGGAUUGCAGUCCUGUGGGAGACCCUGAAGUGUCCCAUAUGUUUGGACUUAAUGACGGCACCAAUGUCCACCAAGUGCAACCAUCAGUUUUGCAAAUUUUGUAUAAAAAAACUUUUGGAAAACUCCAAACAGAACCGAGCCAGCUGUCCUGUGUGUAAAUCCAGAAUAACCAAAAGAAGCCUGCAGGAGAGUCCCGGGUUUCAGAGACUUGUUGCAGGAUUGCAGGACAUGAUUCAAGCUUAUGAGCAGGACACGUGCACAAACUAUUUCACUGGAUUGUCCCAUCAAAAACAACACUUAAGCAUCAGAAAUGCCGAAUUGGCUGGAAAUUCCUGUACUAUAUUAUCUGGAGGUACGUUUGCUACUAACCAGGAUUACACGACCAACGAUGAUCCUCCAAAGUCCUCCUCAACUGUAGAAGCUCAGAAUGGAUUUGCUAAACUCAUGGGACUAGAGGACUCGGGUCCUUUGAUGAUGCAUAAUGAAGGCCCGGAUAGUGCUCCUACAACUUCUGACGAGAAAAUGGCGAGCCCUAAAGAUCACCUGGAAACAAGAGCAGCUGCCAUUGGGGUAAAGGUGAUGCGCACGACUAGGAGCAAAAAGAAAUGUCCCACUCUGGAAAAUGCACCUCCUCGCCCGGUGCUGGCUGGAGAAAAGACUGGGUGUUUAAGAAAGCCCACAAGAAAUGAGCAGAAAACAGAUUUGGAGUCGGACGAGGUACUUGAGCAGAAGAAGAAGAAAAGUUUAGAGAAAGUCGCCGAGUGGCUCUUGAAGGUUCCAGCUGAAGAUGAAUUAGAGAAACCACGCGAUAACGGAGAUGACUCGGACAGCUGCUUGUCUGCGUCCGUGCCUGAUGCCGACCUAGUUCUUCAAAAAGAAGAUCGCACCAAAGCCUUGGAAGAACAGGUCUUUGGAGCGGUCUACAAACGAAAAAGCGGCAAGGGUUUCAAACCCUCAACCACUUCAGAAACACUGACCCGGAAACGCAUUUCUAAAAAAAACACAACAACCGCUAAAGAGCAGCAAACGGUAGAAAAUCUAAACGACGCCAGCAGCGACUUUUUUAAAGAAGUGGAGCAGAAGAAGGUUGAUACGAGUAAAAACACGAACGGGUUGUCUGUACACGACUCAAAAGAACCCAGUCUCCCUCCUGGGUCAGACGUUCUACCUGGAACUGUCACAAGAAGAAGAGCUCGCAAAGCUCUGCUGGAUGUGGAUGGUGAUCUGCAAGAGCAAGCUCGGCCAAAAUCAGACUCUUCUGAGCAGAGGAGGCCUAACGGAAGGAAAGGUAAAAACGUUACGUCUGAAAAAAACGAGCCCUCCAAAGUGGCCAAGCCUCUUGUUUUGGUUGGAAUUCAGAACAGGGACAGCAGCCCUAAAGCCAGAGGGAGGUCAGAAGAUGUUCAAGUACAAAUCGAAACUUACCCCAGCAGCGAGGGCCAAGAGCCCUCCUCAAGGAGCACCAGGGGAACCAAGAGACUUCAUCGUUUUGUCGAGGAAGUUCAAGACAGUCACAAGAAAACCAUGAAAACAAACUUGCUGAAAAAAAAACGCAGGGCUUCGAACCUACCUGGAGGUAAAACGGUGGAUAAAUCACCGCCUGACAGCAGGAACGCAGCUGCAGCAGCUCAGAGGAACGGCUGCGUUUAUCAGGAGGAUAUCGGAGGGAUUGAAAAUAUGGAGAUGGGUGAGAAAAGGCCCCCGGAAGCUGUGGUGGAUUGUUCUGUCUCUGUGGUUCCAAACUCCAUUAGUGAUGCGUCUGUGCUAGGUCCAACAGAGAACUCACCAAACAACCUUCACCAGGAAGUCUCUGCUCCCGAGGCUCCUGCUGGCGUGGAAAACGUAGAUGGUGAGCUGGACACAGAGCAGCUCCUCAUGAGCUUCAAAUCCACCAAAAGAAAAUCGUUUAUCCUCGGGGAGCCAAAGGUGAAAAGGAGUCGUCAUGCAGACAAAGCAGAAGACAAAGAUGCUGGUGAAUCUUCACCAGCAAAGAUGUCUAGAGAAACACCUGAAGCAUCUCAAGAUGCUGAGAAAUCUCCUCAUUUUGAUCAUAUUUCUCCUUCCAACUCCCCCAACCAGACAGCUAGAGCAGCCAAAAGGGAGCUAACGGUGGUGGAGGCCUCCAUCCCUGAUGGUCUCAGCAGUGGCCUCAGUCCAAAUAAAGUCUCAAAGCAUGAAGGGGCAAGUUCUCCUCUUUCUGUUGUUCCGCAAGUUGGAGAUUCUGGACUACGAUUCAUGGCCGUCGAACCCGAACCAAAGGGCCCUCAGACCAACGAGGGUCCGUUUGGCUCUACGGUAGGAGACGAAAGGACUGAGGUCAGAGACACAAAGGAGCAUUUCAGCGUUGCAGAGUCUUCUGUAACCCCUGAGGGUCUGAUGGUUCCUGCUCUACAGAUUGUCCACAAAGACAACUGUAGCGGAGAGGCUAGCGCCCAUUCCUCCAUCAGAACUGACCUGAGGAAGAAGAAGAAGGCUCAGAAGCUGGAGUCUUCAUCAGAGUCCGAUGGAAGUGGUUCCAAAGAGGAAUUACCAACAUUGACUCAAAUCUUUGGAACAUCAACUCGUCUACCAGCUGGGACUGAAGACCAGGGGGACUCCAGGAAGGCUGACGGAGGGGAGGAGGGUCAAACUGAUGCAGCAGAACCACGAAGCCCUCCAGCUGAGUGUCCCAGUCCAGACUGCAUCAACUCCAGCCAGGCGUCCGUGGAUUUAUUCGGCACGCCGGAUGAACGCGAUGUCCCGGAGAAUGAGAUCGGCGUGUCCAUAGAAUCUUCACAGUUCUCCAGUGAAGUUCUGGUCACACAGCAGAAACUAGAGAUGCAGAAGGAGCUGGCCAGGCUGGGGAAGCUGAUGGCUCUGGUGACAGAGGUGCUUCAGGAAAAGGAAGGCAGUCCGGAGAGAGACGUGCCCUCGGAAAGCUGCCAGGGUGGUAAAGAUGCAGGCGAAGACAACCCCAAAGCGAUGAUGGAUGAACCAAAUCCAGACCAGGAAUCAUGCAGGAAAAAUAUUCCAGAUGCAGAAGAAGACCCAAACACGAAGCCCCCUGGCGAUAACGUGGUGACUGAGCCUGGUUUGUGGAGGCAUGGUGGUGUUACACAGACACCUGAGCAGCACUCUGCUCAAAAGUCUGCUAAGCACUCAAACCCCUCCACGAGCUCUGAUGCAACCAAAACGAUGAAAAAGUGUGAUUCACCCUCGGACGGGCAAGAUGACAAGGAGAACACCAGUCCACCGAUAGACAGAUGUAACGCUAAACUCGUGCUCGUGUCGUCCGGAUUGGGUCCCGCUGAGCAGAUGAUGGUGAAGAAGUUUGCUAAAGGAGUCGGAGCCCGCAUGGUUUCUCACGUGACGUCAGAAGUGACUCAUGUCGUAAUUAGAACAGAUGAGCAGCUGGUGUGUGAGCGCACGCUGAAAUACUUCCUCGGCAUCGCAGGCAGGAAGUGGGUGGUCGGCUUCAGGUGGAUUUCUGAGUGCUUCAAACAUAAGAAACUCUUAGAGGAGAGUCCGUUUGAAGUGAGAGGGGAUGUGGUGAACGGGCCAAACCACCAGGGUCCCUCCAGAGCUAGGAACACAGAGGACAGUAAUCUGCUAAUGAAGGGCUACAAGAUCUGCUUCCAGGGACCUUUUACAGACAUGUCUACAGAUGAAAUGGAGUGGAUGGUGGAGCUCUGUGGAGCAACUGUAGUUAAAGAUCCACUUCAACUUGACAGCAAGCAGAAGUCCCAUCAUCUCAUCGUUGUUCAGCCCAGACCGGAGUCGUCCCCUUCCACAUACAAGAUUCUGUCCAAAAACGCCACAGUGGUGACCCGAGGGUGGCUCCUGGAUACGGUUGCAACCUACACUCUGCAAAACUACAGCAGCUACGCACCGUUAAGAACCACAGUGCUUUAGUAUCCUGCCAGCCCAUUUUACAGUUCCAACUCUUUUAAGUUAACACAACUUUCCUCAGAGUAUGUCUACAUUUUGUGUACAUAAAGUUUGAACAAAAACUUCA